GUCCCCGCGCGCUACGUGCACUCUCCAUGACUCAGUGGUUAUUACGGUGUUGUUGUUCCAUGUAGCACUGUGUGGUGACCUGGUGACAUGCGGCCCGCGCUCUGAUAGUACACUGUAGCCGCCAUGUCCCGACGGACGCUGCUUCUCCUAGUGAUGCUAGCCGCCGCGCUGGCGAACCAGCUAGAAGACAUUCCUCAUAAUGAAGUCAAGAAUUGGGCGCUAAAAUUUGGCGUUGACUUGUGGGAAUUCGGCCGCCAUUUUACCAAAAUGAACCAGAUACAGAAUAAAUACCACGAAUACAACGUCGAGGUGGUGAGAAAAGAUGGACUGUUACUGGUGCGAGAACUGGCGGCCGAAGUGAAGAACCACAUGGACUUUAAAACAAACGCUGUUAUGCGAAUCAUGGACUCAUCUGAAGCUGCUGCGCUGACAGCAGGGAGUGGCGCCGAUGGGUCACCCGGCUCCUACUAUGACGCUCGCUGGCUAAACGUCCACGCUGACGACGGAACCCUGGCUGCUCGCGCACGCAGAUUACUGCUCUUCCCCAGCAGACAUUUCGACCACAUCGCUGUCAAUACCAGCUACAGCGCUGUUCUUAUGCCGCCCUACAUCAGCACUGAAGAUGAAGAAGUGCAGAACCAAAUAGCAUGGUCGGAACACUUAGACCCAUUGUUUGUGAAUAACUACGAGAUCGACCCGACACUGUCCUGGCAGUAUUACGCCUCCUCUACAGGUUUCAUGCGAAGGUAUCCAGCAAUGUCGUGGCCACCAGAAGACGGCUAUUCGCACCACGCUCGGGACUUCUACGAUUUCCGAUCUUCUAACUGGUUCGUCGAAGCUGCUACCUCUCCUAAAGACCUGGUGAUUCUCCUGGAUGACUCUGACGACCUGGGGUCAUCGUAUAGACGUCUCGCAAAAGCUACCAUCUCGGCUUUAUUGGAUACUUUGGGGCCGAAUGACUUCGUCAACGUGUAUAGGUACAGCGACGACGUGUCUGAGAUACACCAGUGUUAUACGAAGAUUUUAACUCAGGCUCUUCCAGAGAGCAUUAGAGAACUUAAAAGCGCAGUCUGGAAUGCGGAACCUAGAGGAGGUGUCGCUAACAUGACGGGGGCGCUAACAACAGCCUUCGAGAUCCUACAUCGGUACAACCGAACCGGCCAGGGUUGCCAGUGCAACCAAGCGAUUGCAGUGGUUGGUGCGGGUGGCGGAACCGCGGGGGUGAAGGGGGUGUUUCGCACCUGGAACUGGCCACACAUGCCCGUCCGCAUCUUCACGUACCGAGUCGGCGGAGAUGCGACCACGGGGAGCAAUAUGAAAGACAUGGCCUGCACUAAUAAAGGUUUCCACGUGACGAUCAACGAGUAUAGUGAGAUACGUUCCAAGGUGCUCCACUUCAUAGAGGUGUUGGCGCGACCUCUGGUGAUGUAUCAGACCAUGCACCCGGUACACUGGAGUCCUGUCUACAUUGGCGGAAGAAGCAGCAACUUAGAUGACGAUGGACUGGGACAAUUGAUGACGUCAGUAACAGUACCAAUCUUCGACAGAAGAAAUCAUACGCAAAGGGAAGCUAACCUAUUGGGAGUAGUUGGCACUGAUGUUCCUGUCAAUCAAAUAAAGAAGCUCGUACCACCAUAUAAGCUUGGAGUAAAUGGCUACUCCUUCAUGGUGGAUAACAACGGGCAUGUUUUAUAUCAUCCGGAUUUGAGGCCUUUGCAUACUAAUGAAGAGUACACAGAGACUCUGAGGCCGUUAUACUCCAGCGUCGAUCUGACGGAUGUGGAGUUGUUGGUGGACUCUGAUGAGAACUCGAGGGUCAAUCUCACUUCGCUAUUACUCGAUCUCCGUCACGACAUGAUAGAGCAGCGUGAAGGUGAGACAGAGAUAGGUGUGAAGGUCCAAUACGACGGCAUGAGGCGUGUCGCGACCAGGAGACAGCGGUACUUCUACAGCCCUGUGGAAGGCACGCCCUACUCGUUGGCGGCAGUGCUGCCUGAUGGAUACGGAAUGUACGAGCUGCAAGCUGAACAGGAGAUCAAGCACAGCCCUAUUAACGUCUCGGAGUAUUUAAAAGGCGAGAACUGGAAAGUUCAUCCCGACUGGGUGUACUGCGAGUACUCGUCGACGUCAGAGCAGUCGUUCUCGUCUCCCGAAGAGCAACUUCUUCACUUCCUGUCUCGUGCCGGCCGCCCUGGAUGGAAGUGGAUGUCUGUGAGGCCCCGUGCGCUCACACUGCACAACGCACACAAGAAGCAAGACCGCGACUCUUAUUUCUGUGAUAAAACUUUAGUACAGUCUCUGGUAAGGGACGCCAUUGUUAUCAAAGAAUUGGACGCUCACACAGGACACGCUAGUCACUCACACCCAAUUGCGACAUUAAUGGCACUACUAACAAGACAAGGACGAUUCCACAAGUUCGUAGUGUCAAUGUCAUUCGUCGCUACAAGGAGCGGUCUACUGAAGUGGACAGAAAAUAUUAACAGCUCAAGAACUACGGAAUCAGUUGAUCCACAUUUCAGUGAAAAAUAUGCCCGCGCUUUCGACUCUGAAUGGUACCGCAGAGCAGUGGAGCAUCACUCCAUUGAACCGGAGAGUUUUGUGUUCUCCGUACCGUUCCGGGACGGAUCUGAGCCGGAAGACUUCAACGGCAAGCCGCCCCUUGUGAUGGCGACGCAUGCUGUCUUCGUGGAGUCCAGGGGACAUAGGGCGCCUGCUGCUGUUGUUGGAUUGCAUUUCCAACUUGAUUCGCUGUCUAAACAUUUCCUCAAUGUUACCUCUACUUGUACUGCUGGAAGUGUAUGCAAAAAGACCUGCGCUGGUGAUGAACUGGACUGCUAUAUUCUGGAUGAUAACGGCUUCAUAAUUCUGUCUGAAGAGCCUUCACAGACCGGGCGGUUCUUCGGACAAAUUGACGGCACCAUCAUGGACUCCUUAGUGCAGGACAAGAUAUACAAGAAAGUGACCGUCCACGACCAUCAGGGCCGAUGUCCUGAUUCGAGGAAUCCGUUUAGUGGAGAUGGAACCAAGCUGAGUCCGAUGAAGCCAUGGGCCUGGCUUGGUAGUUAUCUGACGCGAUUAUUGGCAGUCUGGUAUCCGCUGUGGGAGACUACGAUAGCGCAACCGUAUUCUGAAGAUGAAAGUGAUUAUGAAGACUACGAAGGCGAAGAAGAUCCGGAUCGUGACCGCGGAAUGUACGAGAUAAUAAUAGACGGCGCCGGGGACGCGACCCGUGCGCCCCCCUCGGCUCCUCCGAUGCACCCUUCUCCUCCCCGAGAGGCUGCUCGCUCGGCCGCCGUACGCCCCUGUGACACCAGCGCGGAGCUGUUCACCCUGCAGUCCACCAGGCUCAACGCUGCGCAACCGCUCAAGGGGAAGCUUACUAAUUGCCAUAAUUCUGGAUGCGAAAGACCGUUCAGCGUGCAGAAGAUCCCGCACAGCAACCUGAUCCUGCUGGUGGUGGACACGCUGUGUCCGUGCGGCGCCAAGCGGCUGGACGUGCGAGCCCGCGAGGCCCCGCCCCGUGCCGCCUGCCGUGCUCCUCCGCGCGCCUCGCACCGCCGGCGCCCGCGCUCCUGUCUCUCUUACCACCCCGAGGAAAUCGAGAUCCUGUCGUGUGGACGAGCGGGACGUAUCCAGAUUCUUCACGCACUGUUCGCGACUGUAGUGCUGCGCCUGUGUGUGUACCUGGUCACGUGACUCCCGCGUGACAACUAAACCCGCUAAGCGUGUCCGGACCGGCUUUCCAUGCACACCAAACUCCAUAUCAAUUUGUUUCUAAGUGAAAUACAACGGUGAAAACUUGAAAAGCUUGUGGUCGACGUUUUUGUUGCGGGCUGUGGACUGUAUUUGGGUGGAAGUCAGACCAGCAAAUGUUUCUGGCUCGAGUGCGCUCAGUGUCUUAUCGACUGAAGUUUGGUCCGACCAAGUGAACUUUCGUCUUGUUGCGUGCAGGAUUUAGGCUAAGAUUUUCAAUCCAGUCACAUACUAUUGGCAGUAAAUAGGUAGGAAACGAAUAUCUUGUUAAACUAAAUAAAGUUAUCAAUAACUCUGAUAUUGUUUAACUAAAAUGUUACCGGUUUAUAAAUGAUCUAACGUAUAUUAAGGUGGUUUUAGAAAAAUUUACCUUCGUUGAAUAUUCUCAAUUUGUUUCUCGUGUCAUUCAAAUCAGAUUUUAAAGAUAUAGUGAAUUUUUUAUGUAUUGAGGUUGGCUAUGUUCUGUUUGUGUGUUUGUCACUCGCUGCAAGGACUUCGUAAUUAAUUAUAAUUAGUAUUUUAAAUUGUAUGCGGAAUUCCCUUGUAUAUUAUAUAUUGGCCAAAGUUCACGAAAAACUUGAAUUAUGGUUAAAUACUUUCAGGCAUUUAGAAUACUUAUAAUAAUGAAGAAAAUGUCAGUUCUUGGUUACAACAAAACUUCUGGCUAUGAAAUUUAAAUUUUAAACACAUUAAAUUAAAAGAAGAAUUUGAAGAUUGACGAAAGUAAUUUCAAAUAUUUAAUUGCGAGUGAGACAAUAAUUGUCCUAAGCUUGGAAGAGUCAUGUGGGUUACUACCACGCAAUUAAAUCGAAUGUCCUGACUCGUUUUGUAUUGAGUUACUACUCGGAUCACAUGAACACUGUCAAUGACAGAUGUAGCUAGCGGGUUAACAACUGGUAGAUCAGAUUGUUCUGUCACUUUCUGUUAACACUGGACUGGCGCUAUCUUUUUUUUUAAAGCACUUUGCUUUUGUACCUGUUUGAUAUUCGCCAAUUGGCGCUGUUGGACAUGUAGCGAGAGUCUGUGACCCAUCACAGACAGUAAAUAGUUUCCCAAAACUAUUUACAAAAAAAUUGUGUACUUUAUUACGUUGAUUCUUGAAGAAUAAAUAACACGGAAAAUGAACGCAAUUAAUUCAAAAUGUAAAAACACUUCUGAGUAUUGUACGUUCCUUCGCAGCCAUUUGUAUUAUACGUCUAAAUUAGUUCUCUGUACGCUCGCGAGUGGCGCUUCAAUUAGGCACAAAAAAUUUGCUGUCAAACAUAUGGAACAGCCGGUCCAGUGGUAUUUAUACAAGGCAGUGGUAUCACGCGUUCAGCAAUUCAAUUUUCCAUUUGAGUUAAAAUUCGAAUUUUGUAUUUGACGAAGAUUCAAUACGAAAUGUCGACAUUCACGCUACAGGCUAGUUCCAAAAAGUUAAAUAAUUUUUGUGUUUAUUUUAGAAACUGUGUGUGAGAUUCCUUAGUUAUAGGGUUGUCUAUAUGCCUGAAAAUAUCACUAAUAACUUUCAACGUACGGCUUAAAUGUUGAAGUUUGUAUUUGAAUAAAAUAAUAAAUACUGUUAAUAUAAAAAAAUAAAAUACUCGUCUAUAUUCUAUUAUAAAUAAUGAUUUAUACCUAUUAAAUCACUAAGGCUGAGAUCUACAGAGGGUACUCAAUCUUUUCUCAGACUUCACUUACGUAGACCUUAGCUGAGUAAAAGCUAAGCGUAAUUUUCCAUUACGAUUUUAUAGUCAAUUGAUAUAUAAAAUUAUGCUAAGAUUAAGCUAAGACAGCCCUAUGCAAAAGCCAAGUUCGCAUUUUAUCACACUCAGCUAAGUUUUACGUAAGUAAAGUCUGAGCAAAGUCUUAGUAAGCUCUAUAGAUGUCAACCUAAGACUUCGGUGUCCUUACAGUGACCUUGUAUUAGUAGUUGCUAGGUAUUUUCUCGCCUAAUCUUCAAAUCAUUAAAUAUUUUAGAUAGUGUUAACAUUGUCAUAAUAUUUUAUUGUAAAUAUCUACUGUUCAGUGGCCUACGGCAUAUGUGUCGCCUAAAUAUUUACUAUUAGCAUUAAUAUUUAAUACGGCCGUUAUUACGUGAUUCGAUAUUAGUCCUCAAAGCGGUGAGAACCAAUGAACUAUUAUAUUUUAUGGAUGCGUUAAUAACGGGUUAACUUCAUACCUGUUCAUCCUUUACGAUGGCUGUACUUGUAUAAUAAAGGUAUAAGAGCACGGAUCUUUAGCGGUGAGUGCAACUAAUGCGCAUGUGAAGUCGCGUACAUGAUAAAGGAAUCAGGCUGUUGGGAUAACGCUUGUAGCCUUUUGAAAAAAUCACUUAUUGACUCCCAAACUACCUACAUUAAUUAAGGAAUUCAACUUUAAAUGUACUAAUUAUAGGACUCCAAUACGAGUGCCAGAUGUAAAUUUUGAUACAUAAUGUACGGAUAAAACAGGCCAGAAUGCGUAUCUAUAAAGUAGUCCGCGAGCAAGUGUUUUCUGUACCUCUCUACCUAAGACAGUGACAUAACGCGAUUAGAAAUGCCUGUCGAAUAAAAAGAGGCCAACAUCAGAGCGGAUAUGAAAUCCUUAGUUUCGUAAAGCCUCCUUCCCUAGGGACAUUUUCGGCUUCAUAGUCGCAGUGUCGCAGCAUAAUGUGUGAUGCUCUAGAAUUAUAUACAUGGGCAUAGAACGCAACGAAACCAAAAUAUGGUCGCUGUAUCCUAGAGGAAUUAUGCCGUCUUAGCCCAUACAAUCCCCCAAAAAAUACACCCAUUUGCAAUGCAAACAACUCAGUCAACCAGCUGUUGUGAGCCGGCGCGGUGUACUGAAUGCUCAUUGGUCAGGUAAUAAGCACAACGUUACGUAAUUGGUCAGUUCAUAAUCACAACAUAACGUGAACAAUCACUAAUGGCUACUUUGCAUUUAUAAUAAACUCUGUGUUCCUAAUGUGGUCUGGAAGUGUUCGACCUUUAUUAGGCGUCUAUGAGUUACGAGGUCGAUGCAAGAGAGUGUAUCCAAUAAUCCAACUCCAUACUGUGUGGCGAUUACCACUGUAAUAGAAAACUUAUUUUUACCCGGCAUUUUACUUCUUACUUCAUCUAUCAUUUAUUCUGCAAAGAACGUUAAUAAUUGCGGUCUGCGCUUGUAUCCCUUUCGUCUUCUUUUACUUCUUCGCAUUCAGUGACACCGCUAAAGAUCCCUUUGGCCGACAGGGCCUUUGUAAACUUGUAAACACAAAUGAAGUAUAAAAAAAUGGCGACGAGGUAUAGAAAGUUAUCGCUAUUUUUAAUUAAGAACUUAAAAAAAUAACUUAUAAUCAAAAUAUUGUAAUAGAUACUUGAUUAUAAAUUUAUCUGUUGUACCUACUGUCAUAUAACGUUCAAUAUACAGCUUGUUUUUGUCAGUAUUAAUUUUUUUUUAAAUAUCCAAGCAUCUGUAAUAGUACAAAACAUAGUUUUUCGAAAUUAAGUGCCAAAAUAAUGCCGUUUAUCGUAAAUUAUAUUAUUGAAAAUACAAAUUUUAUUUUUUGAUGGUUAAAAGCAAGCUGAUUAUAGAAAUACUCAACCUUAUUAACCAGUUUUCAAUAAGACCCCAUUUUACAAAAUAACUUUGAUAAUUACCAACAUAGUAUUUCAUGAACGGCUUUAGGUAAUCAUGAUAUCGAUAGGUCGUUACGUGUCGUAACCGCGUCAUUAUGACGUUUAAAACAUGCAACAUGAUAAUUAUUUUUUGUGCCCCCCCCCCCCCCCUUCCUUCACAGCAUUAUCGGGUAAAAGAGAUAGGAAAUGCGCAAGCUCGUCCAGAAACAGACUACAUAAAUGCUAUAAACAUUGCUUUUUAAUUUGUGAUAAUAUAAAAAUAUUUUUAGUUUUAAUUAAAUAGGGAAAAAAUGUCACGUAGGAGUCUCAUUUGAGAAAUUUACGUUGAUCGAGUGAUAUCCUAUCAUAUUUUGAAUUAAAAUAAUAUAUAUACCAAUAUAUAUAUAUAACUAGGGCAAACCUGUCUACUGACAGGAUCAGAUUAUGAGACAUACAGACAAAUAAACGGCUGUUUUUGAAGUAAGUCCCUAAGGUAUAACUGUAAAUUCAAUAUCUAUAACCAUAGAUAAUUUAUACGUCUAGAUAGGCUAUGACAGCUGUGAACACGUCGAAAAGAUAGCGGCAACGCACGCAAUCUAUGUCUAGCACACUCCCUCAUAAUAAUUUUAACGAAACAUAAAUAUUACCAGAUAUUUUUAUCGCCCCAUUUUCAUAAGACACUUCUUAUGAAAAUGUUUAGAAUGUACACGUUUUGCAAUUGAGAUAUUCUGCUUGACUUGGCAGAAAGUUAGUGUAAGAUAACAUACAUUUCUUGUAUUACUAUUACAAAUCGAUAGGCGAUAAAUUAUUCUUUUAAAAUUAUUUCUUCAUAAUAGUAUCUAUAACAUAUACUCUACAAUUGCAUCAAUAUUGUUGUUUUGGCAAUUAUAUAAACAUAAAACAAAUAAAUUUGACAGAUAUCUCUUGAAACUGCAACUCUAUUUAUCCAUUUGGAGAUAGCAGACAUAUUAUGUAUCUGUCAAUCUUAAUGUCAGAGUAAAAAGUACCCGAUUGUGAAGUCUAAUAUCGAUACCUCUGUUCCAAAGUCUGAAAUUCCUUAAGUUUGAGAUAAGUAUGAGAAAUUGUUCCAUAAACGAUAACCCACCAUUAUAUGUGAGAAACAAGUCGAAAAGUGAAUGCAGUUUAAUUGUUAAUUCCAAUAUUACUUCAUAAAUCCAGAAUAUUUUCGUCUCAAAGAACAGCAACGCAUGACAUAAAUAACAUUAACGCUAUAUAAGCGCAGGUCUGGCCACACAUGGAGUAUUGCUGUCAUCUCUGGUCUGCGGUACCCCAGUAUCAGCUCGAUCCAUUCGCGAAAAGCGCGUACACAUUCCUCAGGCCGGUAACGCUGCUGUGAUUCCUCUGGUGUUGUAAGACAAUGUGGGCUGCGGUGAUCACUUAACACCAGGUGACCCGUACACUCGUUUGUCCUCCUUUUAAAAAAAAAGUAACAACUCAAGUUGUUUUCUUUUGGAACCCUUUUCUGAAUUGUCACUCUUUGGAACUGAAGUAUCGAUAUAGACUGUCAAGUAUCUAAAUAAUUAAGAUUUUGUCGUGUUGAAGUUGAGGGCUUUGAAAUAUGUACAUUUUGUAUAAAUACAAGUAAGGAUCGGUUUAAUGUAUCUAUUCGUAUCAACUGGUGAACGACUGGUCAAUAAUGAGUGCUUAUUGUAAGCGUCGUGUCUUCCAUAGCAGUCGUGAGGCAGGUACUCUUAAGUAUUAAAAUGAUAAUAAUAGUGUAUACUGUUAGCGAUAGAUGGCGCAGAGAUUAGCCGUUAUAGACAAAUACCUCGUUUAGUUACGCAAAUAAUAGCUAGAGUUUGUAUUUAUUUCGCGUUUAUUUCGUGGACAUAUCAAUUCAGGCACCAAAUGAUACUAUAGUAUAAGCAAUUUUUUGUAUAUUUUCUUGUACAUGUAAUUUUAAAGAGAUCUCUGUCGAUAUUGCAAAGUUAGAAACGCCAUAGUAGCUUUAUAUAUUGUAAUAGAGUAAGUAGAAUUUUGAUAGUGAGUAAAACUCAAAACUAGUCGCCAUUCGUUUCACCAUAAAAAUUGAGAUAGGUCUCUUUAAAAAAAUAAAGAUUAAGUUGCCAUAAGUUGAUAAGAGAUGUCACCACCUUCGUAAACUUUUCUAAAGUUUAUUUUCUAUCCAUAUAAGAUUUGAGUCCUCGAUAAGCUUCUAGAUUAGAUUAAUCGAAAUUUAUAAAUGGAUUGAAGAUAUCGUGAAUUAACGAAGUUUAUAUAAAUGUUGUAUCGGCGGUCCCAAAGGGGGGAAUGCGAACUUGGUUCUCUAGUGGUAAUUAUAGUCAAAUAUUGUUCUUUUGUUACUUGCCAGUUCAUGCUAUAUAUAAACCGUAAUUACAAUAAAGUUCUCUUAUAACAUUGUG